CUACCAAAGGAAGAAAAGAAGAAGCUAUGGCAGAAAGAAGGAAAGAUGGAGGGAGUUGGUCAGGCCUUCAUUUUAUCUGAGGAACAAAAGCUAGAAUGGGCAGAAUUGGAAAAACUUGCCAUCAAAAUCAUUGAACUUAUGGCAAAUGCUCUUGCAAUAAAUCCUAAGGAAAUGACAGAGUUGUUUAACAUAGGAACUCAAAUCAUAAGGGUAAAUUAUUAUGCUCCAUGCCCCGAACCAGAACGAGUCAUUGGUUUAAAAUCUCAUUCAGAUGCCGGUGGCCUAACCAUCGUCAAUAUUGGAGACAUUUUGCAGAUUAUUACAAAUGGAAUUUACCCAAUCAUUGUACAUCGAGCAACCGUUAAUUCAGAGAAGAAGAGGAUUUCACUAGCUACUUUUUAUGGCCCUAACAUGCAAGCAAUAUUAGCUCCGGAACCAAGUCUUGUAACUCAAGAAAGACCAACACAGUUUAGAAAAAUAAGUGUUGUAGACCAUUUCAAUGGGUACUUUUCACAAGAGCUCCAUGGAAAGUCAUAUCUAAAUCAAAUGAAGAUCACAUAG